GACUUGUUGGAACACUCCCCGAACCUCUCUGACCAAAAUGUCUGCGCUGCGCCUGAUCUCAUCUGCUGCUCGACGUGCACCCGCAUCCUUUGCCGUCGCUCGCCGCGGCUACGCUGAGGCUGCCUCUGACAGGAUUAACCUCUCUCUUGUCCUCCCUCACCAGGCAAUCUACACUUCCAGCGAGGUUAUUCAGGUCAACGUGGCUGCCGCGACCGGUGACAUGGGUAUCCUCGCCAACCACGUUCCUUCUAUCGAGGCCCUUCGCCCUGGAGUUGUAGAGGUUAUUGAGUCUGGCAGCGCUUCCAAGAAAUGGUUUGUCUCUGGUGGAUUUGCCAACGUUCACCCGGGUAACAAGCUGACCAUAAACGUGGUUGAGGCGGCCCCUCUUGAGAACUUCUCUGCUGAGGCUGUUCGUGCUAAUCUCCAGGAGGCUCUGAAGGUCGCUGCAGGCAACGGCUCCGAGGAGGACAAGUUGGAGGCACGGAUAGAGGCAGACGUUUACGAAGCUCUGCAGCACGCUCUUGGCUCGAAAUAAUUUAAUUUAGAUCCUCUCGAGUCUCCCUUAGCCAAAUAGAUAUCAUCCUGCGGCUUUAUCCCUGUAUUGUCUGCACACACACCAGCCGAAGUAACCGGAAUGGCGUGAGCAGCUAAGAACUUUAU